AUGGUCAAUUCCUGUUGUGGCUCCACCUGCUGUGGUCCAAGCUGUGGCUCUGGCUGCUGCCGGCCCAGCUGCUGUAUUUCUAGCUGCUGCCGCCCCAGCUGCUGUGGGUUCAGCUGCUGCCAACCUUGCUGCCGCCCUACCUGCUGCAUAACUAGCUGCUGUCGCCCCAGCUGCUGCCAACCCUGCUGCCGCCCCACUUGCUGCACACCUAGCUGCUGCCAACCUUGCUGCCGCCCUACUUGCUGCAUAACUAGCUGCUGUCGCCCCAGCUGCUGCCAGCCCUGCUGCCGCCCCACCUGCUGUAUUUCUAGCUGCUGCCAACCUUGCUGCCGCCCUACCUGCUGCACAUCUAGCUGCUGCCAGCCCUGCUGCUGCCAGACUACUUGUUGUAGAACCACCUGCUGCAGACCAGCCUGCUGUGGGUCAUCCUGCUGUUGA